CGCCAAGUAAGAACUGAUGUUCUUCUGUUCUAAAUAAAAUGUUUACAAGAUAUUCAAUUGUUUGUUUUGCAUUUCAUUUAAUACUACGUUCAAAUUUAGUACACGCCAAUGGUUAUCUAAGUUAUGGACCCGAUAUUAAGGGAUCAGUAGGUGAGGUAUGGCCCAAACCCUUGUGGCAAGAUAAUACGGGACGUUAUUAUGGCAUUGAUGUCAACAACAUUCAACUUGUGGCUGUCAACAAAAAUUGUGCCUUAAUGCAGGAAGCCCUACAACGUUACACCACAAUUAUAAAAAAUUCUGCACAAGGUUAUAUACGAGCUCCCCAAACUAAAUUUGUACGCAAAAUACAAAAGAUACGAGUGAAUUUGACAAAGACAUGUGAAACACUGCCUCACUUAAAUAUGGAUGAGUCAUAUUUUGUUUGGGGUGAUGGACGUGUCAUAGCCAACUCUGUUUGGGGCAUUUUAAGAGGUUUAGAAACAUUCUCCCAACUCUUGGUGCCCAUGCCAAAUGGUAUUCUACGCAUACCAGAAACAGAAAUUUAUGAUGCUCCUCGUUUUAAAUAUCGAGGCCUGAUGUUGGAUUCUGCUCGUCAUUUUAUAACCAAAUCGAAAAUAUUACAAUUGUUGGAGGGUAUGGCCUACAACAAGUUGAAUGUGUUUCAUUGGCAUAUCACGGAUGAUUCUGCUUUUCCUUUUAAUUCCACUGUUUUUCCUGAACUAUCGGUUAAGGGCGCUUAUAGGCCCGAAUUUACCUAUUCGAAAGCUGAUGUAAGGGAAAUUGUGGAAUUUGCCCGUCAAAGGGGAAUUCGUGUUGUGCCUGAAUUUGAUACACCUGCACACACGGCAUCAUGGGGUGCUUCACAUCCGGAAAUUAUGACAGAAUGUUUCGGUGAUUUUUCAGGCCAACUGGGACCUUUAAACCCUACAAAGGAUACAACUUUUGAGUUUCUAUACAAACUAUUUAGUGAGUUGCGCGAUUUAUUCCUUGAUGAAUAUCUACACUUGGGUGUAGAUGAAGUAGAUUCGGCUUGUUGGGAGUCAAACCCCCAAAUACAAAGUUAUUUAGCCUCAAAGGAUCUAGAUAAUGGGGAUUUGUCCUAUAUGUUUCUGGAACGAUUUACAGCUAAUAUAUCCUCAUUGGGUUGGAAACAAAUGGUGUGGCAGGAGGGUAUGACUGAAAACUUUUGGAUGGAAUGGCCAGUCAAAACUAUUGGCCAAGUAUGGUUUGAUUAUAAGAAAAUUGCUCACGACUUGACUGAUCAUAACUACGAUAUAAUACGUAGUCAAGAUUGGUAUUUGUAUGUAUUGGAGACGGGCGGUGAUUGGGAAAAAUUCUAUUCAAUAGAACCAACCGAUUUCGAUGGCACUGACGAGCAAAAGAAACAUGUUAUAGGAGGUGAAGCUUGUUUAUGGUCUGAAUUUAUAAACGAGCAUAAUGUAGUGCCCACAACAUUUCCCAGAGUAAGUGCUGUGGCUGAACGUUUAUGGUCGGAAAAAGCUCAUCGGGAUACAGACAAGGCUACACCACGUAUAGAGGAGCACAAUUGUCGUAUGAUUUUUAGGGGCAUAGAAGCGAGACCAGCCAAUAGUUAUGGGCUGUGUUAGAAGUUAUUAAAGUAUAAAAAUAAAAAUAUUUGAAAAU